UGUGACAGACAGCAGCCCUGCCCUCACUCGUUUCUUCAACCGUCACACAUAAAGCGACAUAAUGGGAUCCUGCGCAAAACACAUAGCAGACGAAAUCGUUGACCAGCGCUUUAUUACCGAAUCUGGUUCUUGCAACUGAGCGCCUUUUCUACUCCGCAUUCUGAAUACAUAUUUACAAAAGCUGAGCACCUUUCCAAAGCUUCUUUCUGUUCUAAGGGGAUGGGGGAAUGAUCAACCCCGACUCCCCAGCUCAGUUGUAUCAGUUGUAAGAGCGCUUUGCAGUAUGCCAUCCCCGAGAAGAGGUGUCGAUCACCGACCGAGAACCGCCGCCACGCUUCUAACCCAGGUUGCUGUCUUUGCAACCUUCGUUGCUAUGAGCGCAUGCAUGCCAGGGUCUUCUUCAGUAUGCCCGCGGAGCUUAGACUGUGCCAGAGCAGGGCGUCAUUUCUGCCAGCCGGGCAGCUCACACUGCGGCCCCUGCCUCAACCCGCUGGUAGAGAACUCACAUGGCAGAUGCAUAGUGAAGAGGAGACAUGCUCACGCCCCCCAUUUUGCGGGAAAAGUGACCACGUUCCCUGAAGUGGAUGAGGAGAUAGACUUCCUGUCCACCAUCAUCAGCCAACGGAAGGAGUCGGGGGUCAAACAUCCAGCUCCUCUCUCUCAGGAUUUUUCCAAAGCCGAGGAGGAAGAUGACCCAUCCAUGAUCCUCACCCAACGGCCUACCACAGACCAGCCUACGACACACAGUACCACUACAGCCGCGUAUAACACGACUACAGCCGCCCCCACCACCACCCACAUCCCAGCAGUUCGUAGUGGGCCCCUGAUCAUCCCUUACCCCUCCAACGAUCAUGUGUUUAUUGUCAUGACUAGUGUGUUUGUGGUCAUGGGAUCUGUGGCCUUGCUCUUGGCUGGUGUCUGUUGGAUCAGGUUGCAGAGAGGUGUGCGCCUGGCUCAGAAGGCAGACUACCCUGCUUAUGGGGGUACGGGGCCCCAUUCCUAUGACAACAAUGUGCCUGGGGAUAAGAGGCUGGCUCAGAGUGCCCAGAUGUACCACUACCAACACCAGAAACAGCAGAUGCUCUCCCUGCAGAAACAACGGGAUGAGCCAAAGGUGCCUGACUCUGUGGCCACGUCAGAUGAGGAGAAUGAGGACGGGGAUUUCACGGUGUACGAGUGUCCUGGAUUGGCCCCAACAGGGGAAAUGGAGGUGAAGAAUCCUUUGUUUGAUGAUUCCACCCUUCAGCGGAGCCACAAGUAACCCUGACAACCCUGGACAUUCUGAUAUGCACCUAUAAAAGAUGUCAUCCUACAUGUACAGGAAGAUCAAAUCACACUUAAUUACUCGAACACCUACAAAUAAUCGGGUUUCUCUAUACCUAGCCUGUCUCACAUGAUAACUCCUAACACGGUAGGGCGGCAGGUUUGUAAGGAGAGAAGGAAUGAGCGGAGGUUGUGAGAAAGACGGACUUGAAAAGGAGGAGGAAGAGAAGCGGUGGACUGUAUGGACACUGUAUCUGAAUGGCAGAUUGAAGUGGCAUGCAGGUGAAUCUCCUUUUGGAUCGGACUGAUAUCUGGGACCUGUGACGUCUCUCGCACUUAGAAAACCUACACGACGUUGUACCUUUCCGUCUGGCCUAAAAUAUCCAUUCCUUCGUAUUUUGUUAUGUUUAUCUUAUCUCUGGUGUAAUUGAUCCUGUAAAAUUCUCUUUUUUUCUGUCAAACAUGUGCACACAUCAACCAACAAACUGACUAAGAGAUUAUGUGUAUGAUGAUGGAUAACAUUCUCCAAGUACUGCUCUCCCCUUCAGUCCUUUGCGCUGUGUCACCCCUGUACAGAGGAACUUCUGGGUCGUGUUCACUAGAAAUCAAACUUGAUUUUGAAAAAAAAUUGACAAAUUGACAGAGGGACUAUACCUGAACUUUUCCAACAAGAAAUGCUGUUUUCUUUUUCCAUUGCAAAAUGUAUCGCUACAGUGUGCGCUAAUGAAUACAACCCUGCUUCAUACGACAGAUACCCACAGACCGGUUCAAGGAGAACAGAGAACUACAGUGGGAAAAGAAAGAUGUGUUAUGGGCCUAUAGGUAGCUGUAGACUUGAAAACUGGUCUUAGAAAUAAUUAUGGAACUGCAGACGUUAGUUCAAGCCUUUUGAAACGAAGAAUGGUUUGGCAUAGUACAAUUAUAAGGCUGUCAAUGCUAAUCAUUGGCCAGACUAAAUGGCUGCAUUACAAAAGUCACCUCAUUCCCUACAUACACAUAUAAAUAGGGAAUAAAGUUCCAUUAAUUAUGCAUCUUAAAUAUCUGAAACUCAUCAUUGACUUUCUAAUAAUUUAACUUUAAAAAAUAAACAAUUUGUAUUUUAUUUUACUGUUUCAUGUACACAUGCAGUGCAUAUGGUAAACCUGACCUGUUAAAGCUCUCUUAUAUAGCCAUUAUAUUAAUUAUCAUUAUAUAUGGUCCCUCUAUGCAUGACUUGAUGACACUGGGUUCUGCUGAAAAGGGAUACAAGUCUAUAUGCAUUUAUGAUUGUUAUUCAAGUUUCCUGUGUAAACUUGCUUAUGCUAUCUAGAUAACGUGAAUGAUUUCAAAGGAAUUUGGAACCUCUUUUACAGAACUCUGAAACAGAGCAACCCCAUCGUGUACACAUAUUUGUCCCCAUGAUUUGUGAUGAUGUUCAUGUAAAUAGCCACUGACGUGUACUGUACAGAGAUGGCCAACUGUCACUAAUGAUGUAUUUGUACACAUUAUUAGUCUAUAUUUCUGAUUGCUGUGUCAAAUGAACCACCGUUUGCUUUAGCCUAAUGUGAGACCCAAAUUGCACCCCAAUCUUUUGUAUCGUGCGUUUACUUUUUAUGAAAGCCCGAUAGGGCCUGGUCAAAAGGGUCGCACUAUAGGGAAAAGGGUGCUCUUUGGAGCACACGAGUCUUUUCAGAAGUUGCCUAUUGCCGUUGUCUCUCAGGAAUGCUGAUGUCAUUAGCUCUUCUAUGUACUUAACCAUUUCUCUUACUCUCUGCCUCAACUCUCUCAUACUGAAUGAAAAGGUAGUCUGACACGUACUGUAACAUGAAUGAUCUGUGGAUGUAGUUUUAUUUUAUUUGCCCAGUUAGGCUUCAAGAACAAUGUAUGUGAGAUAGAAAGAGGAUUCUCUUAGAAUGGACCCAUCCGUUGAUGUAGGCCUAGAUGACUCGUGAAGUUGCUGAACAUCAAACCUUGACUGUUUUACCACAUACCUACAGGUAACUGCCAAAAUAAAGAGAACCCCGAU